AAUAUCUCUUAGACAGUGGAGGUCCUAUGUCACGGGAGGCGUCGGGACGAGUGCUUUAAAGGCACAGCUUAUUAUGAACGAUAACUCUGACGUAAUAACAAGAUCAGUCACGUCCCAACUAUGAGGUACCUGUAACAACUCGAGAAAGAUGGCAGCAUCAGGUGUAAAAGACUCUAUCAAUGAGAUUGAGAAUAUUUGUGAGUGUUCCAUAUGCUGUAAUACGUAUGAUGAGGACAACCACGUGCCCAGAAUCUUGCCCUGCACCCAUACGUUUUGUACUGAUUGUCUAUCGAAACACUGCUCCCGUCAGAAAAUCGCUUGUCCACUCUGUAAUAAGGUUCAUAAAAUCAGUAAUAAGAAUAUCCUUAUUUUCCCCAAAGACAACACGAGGCGUGAGUUGAAGAGUGUGCUUGAAAAGCUUUCCAAAGUUUUAUGCGGGGUUUGUGGACAACAUGAUAAAAAUAGUUACUUCUGCCUUAGUUGUGACAUUCGCAUUUGUCCUAGAUGCUAUGGAGAGAGAAAGGUUACGACCUGUCGAAAUCAUAGACUUGAUCGUAAGAACGAUUCUCAAUCUGCCUCCAAUGAAUUAUCUAAAAAGGAUUUAUCUAGGAUUGUCUGUCUUCUAAAUGGACACGAGAGAAACGAAAUGAAAUUUUACUGUACGGAAAGAAAUUGCUGUAAGACUGUAUGCGCCAAUUGCAUUGUUGAAUUUCAUUCAGAACAUAUCCAUUUGGUUAAACCUGUGAAACAUGAAUACGAAGCUCGCAAAAAUCAUUUGCGGGAUAAAUGUAAUAGAACUAAAAAAAAGAUUGACGCCGCAAAGCACACUCUGACCGAGCUUGAUAGAGAAACACUGGCAAUGACGAGUAACUUUGAUAGAGGCAAAGUAAAACUGGACAUGGCUACGAGGAAAGGGAUUCAAUAUAUGGAACAAUACAAGGAACUGGAAAACAUGAGAUGGUCUAAGAAGCUGAGGGAUAAUCUCAGUAACCUGACAAAAUGCCGGGAAUGUUUACAGAAUUUUAUUGACAAUGCAACAGAAUGCUGCACUAUUUCGGAGAGGUCAAUGGCAUCAAAAAAUAUUUCCGAGUUUUUGUCAACAGAAAAAAAACUUUCACAAAACUUUGACUGUUUUACCGAGAUGACUGUUGAUCAAGAUAUCAAAAAGCUAACUCCCAGUCAGGCAUUCCAAAUGAGAGAAACCAUUAAAGAAAUAGAAAUUAAGUCCAAAGGGCUGACGGUUCCACUAGGUGCCUUUCUUCGACUUCAAGCACAUAUAUUCGAUGAUGAACAGUCAAUCCGACCUUUUUAUAAAGGUGUUGGAAUUGCAGUCAUUGUGGCACUUCUAGCAUUCCUCCUUGUUCAGUCUGUAGCUUACCCACAUUCAAUGGAUGAACAUCGUGAUGAUUCGUUUAUGGAGUUCUCAAACAGUACGGAUUUCAUUUGCCAAUCUCUCGAUUUAAAAGUGGCGUCCAAUGUCCCUCUGGAUGACUUAUCACAGACAUGCGGCAAAGGACGUCCUUUUUACGUUUACAAUGGGGCAUUUUCUAAUAGAUACCUGACUAUUUUCAAGAAUGAUUCAAUUGCGUUCAUAAUCGAUGUUCGUAAGAUAGAGACGUCUUCUACGUUAUUUGAAUUUGGAUUGUCCCGAGGCUCAGUGUCCAGGAGGGAUUUGCUAGGACCCCCUUCUAGGGAGUACAUUGGUUGGGUUUUAAAACGGUGUGACCACAGCAGACAAUAUAGUCUAAUUAAUACCAAUGGGCAUAUAUUAAAAUCAAAAAUGAAUAUCAUAUCCAACAGAUGUUUUAAAUUCAAAGUUGAGCUAUCUAGAAACAGAAGUGUUGUUCUAAGGUUGUUCGACGACCGCGAAAACAAACUUAAAUAUAUUGACGAUCAAAGAUUACCUUUUCGCAGUUAUAAAGGACUUUUCUUUCUAAAACUCGCAAAUUCAAAUGAAGCAAAUAUAACAGCCAGAGUCAUCAGUAAAAAUCUAUGUUUUGAUCGAUCAACUUUAUAUCAUGGGAUGUUUAUUUCUAAAAAUAACAAAGAGAUUUCUAACAACCCAUCCGCUGCGUCAACAGAAAAACACGUGGCCAAAAACAGUGUUUACCAGGACAUAGUAUUACGUAAUUGCAGUCAAAAGUGUAUAUAUGUUUUGGAGUUCAAAUUCAAAGAAUCAAAACCAGGCAGUAUGUUGUCAUUGUAUUUGAUGAAUUCAAGGUCCAUUUCUUUGAAUCACGUCCAUGAUUUAUUUGUGUUUUCAUAUGGAACAUCACUUAAUAACCUAACAUUACCUAAUAAGGGAUAUUACGAACUAAAUCAUGUGAGGGAAUGGUACCCAUUAAUCAUCGUUAUAGAUAAAAAGUUAAAAUCGAUCUCUUUCUAUUAUUCUCCAUUCAUGUCAAGUACACAAAAUAAACACCUUAUAGGUAGGAAUGAUCCAGUGUUGAGGUGGGUUUUUCGCGAUCCUAGUGCGGAAUGUAUCAUUAAAGCUGGCCUGCAUGAUUAUAGAUAGUAGAAUUCUCUGUGUCCGCCAUAUUUCACUGCUUAUCCGCCAUAUUAGAUUAAUGUGAUAUUGUUAUAUGUAGCAGGGUUCGAAUGAUAUAUAAGGGGAUGAGUUUUGCUACGCUUUACUUCACAUCAGUGUUUCCGAUUUACCUGUGUGGGUAGCUUCGACAGGUAACGCGUACAUCUCCGAUACUAAGGUAUAGGGCAUCACAAAGAAACGAAAUCACGUUUUAGUACACAAUGCAGUGCUCAAAAUUAAAAUUAAAAUAUUUUACAGUACGAUUCUAAAAUCUUUGUAUAAAUAAAUUUAGAAUGACUUUUCUUUACCUGAAUGUUCGUACAUUUGCAUUAAACAUGUCAAAAUUAUACAAAAAACGCGGCGAAACAUAUCAUUUAUUAUCUAUUGAUAGAGUGGAAUAAGCAUUUACGUUUCAUUCACUUUUACCUUACGUCAACAGACAAUUAGGUCCACAUCAUAUUCGCACAAAGCUUUACUCUGUUCCAUUGAGAGUUUUACAUGCGUUAUUUGAAGAAGCCACAGGUAGUCUAUACUUGGAUUUUUCAACACCUGAAUAUAGACUGAACUCUAUGAUAUUGGAUAUUGCCUACCACGGGUCAUGGAUGAUAUUCUUUCCAAAUCAUGCCGUCAGUUCAUUAAGCUCAAAUUUACAAUCAAAGGAGUAGAAGCCGUCAAUAUAAGCAACAUUCUUCGCCAUAAAAGAGUUCAGUCAAGUAUUCCAACUUAUUUGAAGUUCAAGUCUAUAUCCAGUAUUUCCUACAAAUAUACUUAUACUAUUGCAUCUAAACUUUUUAAUUAUAAACAAACUUUGCAGCGCCUAGAUAUAGAUUAUUUUAUACUCGUACUUUGUCCACCUACAUGUUCUUGUUCUUCGUCUUCUUUCAACUCUAGUCCAGCUGGACAUGUCAUUACUGGUGAUGUUGAUAUCAUUUUAAAUUAGGACCUUAAAUCACUUAUUCUAAAAGGCCUCAAUACAGAGAUUCUUGGUCUUUCAAUUGGCGAUAGAACUUCAUCUCUAUAAUGAAUUCUGUCGAAGAUUAUGCCAGACGAUGAGCUAAAUAUGAAAAUGAACUUCAUAUAUUGUAAGAAUGGAUUAAAAGUAUAAGAGGAAUAUUAAAAUCCCGUAUUAGACACAUAAAUACAAAAGUACGUACCAUCUCUCCUUCUGUGUUUAGUAAACCAGAAGUGAUAAAAGAAUUAGGUAGGUUACACGAGAAAUAUGUUUUGGUUCCAGCUGACAAAGCUUGUAACAACAGUCUUUGUUUGUAUGGCUCAUUAUUACAACUGUAUUUUAAAAGAACUUGGCAUUAACUCCACUUUUGGUAAUCGUACUUAUACUCCAGCUGCCUUAUCAAAAGAUGAAAUUCUUCAAAACCAAGCUUCAGUUUUAGACCCUUUUAAUAUCCCAGUCAAUGGGUCGGAUGAAUAUGAGUUACCGUACCUAUACUGGAUUCCUAAACUUCAUCAUGCAUAACACGGAAAGAUCUUGACUGUAUAUUCAUACAAGUUGGCAUUGCGAUUAGAAAUAUAUAAUUGAUGAAAUUUUCAUAUUCAAUGGUUAUGAAUUUCUUGCACUAUAUUCUACCAUCUUAUAUAAAAGGAAAAUAUUUCUUGAUAAAAAUAGAUAUAAAAUCCACAAUCGUUAUGUCAUUUCAUAAGAAGGCUCUGUAGCAACACAAAAUGUAAUAACGAAGCAGAAUGUAAAAAAAAAUAACUGUUAUUGUAUUCAAUUACUACAUUUAUGCUAAUUUGACACUCAUCUAUGACAUUUUGCGUUAUUACCUUCUUCGUUGAACUCGACGCAAAUUUCACUGAUACAAAAUGCAGUAAUGUCAAGUCAUGUGGUAAAUUCGAUGGAUUUUUUAGUUAAUAUUUCAAUAACGAAACUCGCCUUAUGCAAGGUGAAGUGUUAUCACCCAUACAUUUUGCUUUAUAUGUAAAUUAUUUUGAAAUAAGGUUUAUACGUGAAAAUUGUGCAAGUAUAGUAUUACAAUUAAUUGAUAUUUUUCUUUUAAUGUAUGCCGAUGACAUGGUGACUUUGACCGAGACACCAGAUGCUUUGCAGGAAAUGUUGAAUGCAUUACAUGUUUAUACAAAAUAUUGGAAUUUGACUGUGAACAUAUCAAAAACAAAAGUUGUUAUUUAUAGAAAUGGGGGCAUUAUAAGGAAUAAUGAAAAAUGGAUUGAUGAUAAUCAAAAUAUUGAAGUUGUUAAUAAUUUAACUAUUUGGGAAUGUUGUUUAACUAUAAUUGAACAUUUUUACAAACACAAAAGCAUGUGGCAGAACAAUAUAUUGAAAAGUCAUUAAUUUGAUGUAGAAACACAAUGUUCUGUAUUUGAUACUUAUGUACAUAGCAUUCUUUCAUAUGCAUGCAAAAUUUGGGGUUUUCACACGGUACCUGAUGUUGAAAAGGUUCAUAUUAUGUUUUGUAAAAAGUUAUUGGGAGUGAGUAAGCGUACAAAUAAUUGUGUUAUUUAUUGUGAAUUAGGACGGUUACCUCUAUAUGUCAGAAGAAAAAUGUGCAUUUUCAAAUACUGGUUAAAACUAAAAAAAAUACAAAUAAUUGUAUUUUAAAGGGAUGUUUUGAUUAACAACAGUUGGGUUAUUAUUUUUAAAUAAAAAUUGUCUGAAUUGGGAUUAACAUUUUUAUGGGAAGAAUCAGGAAGUGGCCAGCAUACAUACAAGGUAAUUAAACAAAAAUUGUCAGAUAUAUAUAAGCAAAAUAUUUUUUCGUCCUUUUCAAAUUCACCAAAAUGUUGUUUUAUAUCAACACCUUAUUGAUAAUUUUUAUUUACAGUUCUAUCUUUAAAAAAACCGAUUGAUCCCAAUGGCAAGAAAUAUAUAACAAAAUUUCGGACGUUUUCACACUCUUUGAACAUUGAGAAGGGCAGGCAUAAAAAUAUUUCAAGAAGUAAUGGGUUUUGUACACUUUGUAACCUGAAUGAGUUAGAAGACGAAUUUCAUUUUAUUUUAAAAUGUCCUAUUUAUAACGAUUUAAGAAUUAGAUAUAUCAAAAGAUUUUAUUACAAGAAACCCAGUGUCUUCAAAUUAGUAAAGCCUCCUAGUGUAAAUAAUACAAAAGUACUCAAUAAUUUAGGAAAGUUCCUAAAACAGGCUACAAAGUUUCGAUCUUCAUGUAAUUUAUGAAUUCUGUACUCUCUACGGUAUACUAUUCACGUGUACUGUUAUGUGUAUGUUGAAAUGUAUUGAUUAUUGUAUUUGUAUGUCUACUCACCCUCUACUGUCUUAUUUGUAUAAAUUUGUAAAUAUUUUGUAUUUUAACCAAUGAGCUGUAUAACUUAAGGAAAUAAAGAAUCAGAAA